AUGAAUUUUGAGUUUGAGGACGAAAUGAAUGAUAUUUUUGAUGAUAAGGAAAAUACUUCUGAUAUUGAAGUUGAAAUUAAAAAAGAAACCAAACAACUUGAAAGGAAACCAAAAAGCAAAAAAUCAAAAUUUAACACUACUACAGCUAUUGAUCUUGGUAAUAACAUGAUAGAAAUUUUAUUGAGGUAG